CUGGAAACGCUAUAAAUGCACCGCUUACUGCAAACUAUUCACUGGUUUUGGUUUGUAGUUAACCGAUCGUCGCUGCAAUGAAGUUGGUCUGGAUGUUGAUGUCCUUGCAGCUUAUGCUUCUAGCAACUGCUCUUAGUGCCAGACAAUGUGUCAAGCCAACUGCUUCACCAAAGCCCACCGAGGAUCCUGACGAUCCCACUGAUGAUCCCUGGGAUCCCACAGAUGACUCAUCGGAGGACCCAUCGGAUUCAACCGACAAACCAUGGAGCCCCACUGCUAAGCCCACAGUAGUACCAACUCUACCGCCCUCUAAUUCCACAUCCAAUCCAUUGGAUCCCUCGGGAGCGCCCACCAAUGAACCAUCAGAGCCAACCGGAGAACCGACUGAAAGCUCAUCGGAUCCCACCGGAGAGCCCUCCAAUGAUCCAUCGGAGCCAACCGAAGUACCCACUGAAAAUCCAUCGGAUCCCACAGGACAGCCCACUGGAGAAACAUCCAAUCCAUCAGAUCAAUCCACUGACAGUCCCACAGAUCAACCGACUCAGGAACCAACUGAAGAGACUAAGAUACCGACGGGGGAGACCACUGAAGGUACUUCGGAGCCCACUGGAGAAUCAUCAAUUUCCAUCGAUCCAUCGGAUUCGACAAGUCCAACCACCCAGACAACUCCCAGUGUGGAUGCGAACGCCUCCUGUCGAGCUCAUCUAGGAGUCCAAUUCCUGCCGCAUCCGUACGAUUGUCAUUUAUACAUACACUGCGAUGGGGAUGCAGGAUACAUCAGGGAUUGUCCAAGUGAUCUAUACUGGAACUCGAUCAACCAGACUUGUGACAAGACCUGUGCCUAGGCAAAUAAAGUACAUACAAUAGCAUGCUCUCAAAAAA